UUUUUAGGGUUUCACCCGUAUUGGGAGUCAGAACAGAGCUACUGAGAGCCGCCGUUUGUGCAAACUCACACCCAACAAAGCAAUGGCUCGGAUCAAGGUGCAUGAGCUUAGGCAAAAAUCAAAGGAAGACCUCUUGAACCAGUUGAAAGAGCUCAAGGCCGAGCUCGCCCUCCUCCGUGUUGCUAAGGUCACCGGUGGUGCUCCUAACAAGCUCUCCAAGAUCAAGGUAGUGAGGCUGUCAAUUGCACAGGUUUUGACAGUUAUUUCACAGAAGCAGAAGGCUGCAUUGAGGGAGGCUUACAAGAAGAAGAGGCUUUUGCCUCUUGACCUGCGUCCCAAGAAGACCAGAGCUAUCAGGAGAAGGCUGACAAAGCACCAGGCAUCAUUGAAGACAGAGAGGGAGAAGAAGCGGGAGAUGUACUUCCCUAUGAGAAAGUAUGCCAUUAAGGUAUAAGUUAAGAUUUUUAUAGGACAUGUUGGUAUCAUGCGGUUAUGGACCCAUUUGUUUGACAAAUUUUGACUCGUUACUUUUUAAUAUCUAGUCUGCAAAUUUGAGUGUGUACCAGAUUUAUGUGUGUAAACUGGAACGGUGCGUUGCAUUCAAUCCAGGGUCGUAGUUUAUGAUGGAAUAGUAGUCACAACAGAAAAUUUUAUUUAUUGCGAUUUCAUUGGUUAAGUUUCAUUA